AUGAAGUGCUUCGUCUUCCUCAUUCCCAUCCUGUUGGAACUGUCCAGUGCGAACGUCCUCCAUCCUCGCAAGACAGCUUCCUGCCAGGAUGCUUGUGGCAAGCACUUUGCAGGCAAAACGAUGACUCCAGAUAAGUCGGUUGUCUUGUCGGAUUGCAACAGCUUCCUUGCUACAACUGUCGCCGCUGCAGCCACAACGAUUACGACAACUGUGCCUCUUGCCGUUUUCGCGAAUCAGACGAUUGAGGAGAACACACGGUACACAAUAACCCCUCUUCAGAAUGCCACUCAAGCUGUAGCACAACCACCCAUUCCUACCUAUAUGAACGAUUUCGGAUGCCAAUCUGCUGCGGGGACGAACCUUGAUGCAGAUCAAUAUACAUCAUUGUGCCAGUGUGCUGGCGCCAAGGUCACAAAAACCAAAGUACCAGCUUCGACCGUAACUGUUACUGUACACGUCCCAACCCAGGUCUCGUCAUUCAAGAUCCGUGUCGUCUUCGAGAACGGUACCUACAACUACCUUGAUCCCCAACCAUACAAUGUGGCCGGCGGAGAAUGGGUUGGCGGAGUCGUCCCAGCCUACGCCAACACCACCAAAGUCAAAGCCAGCUUUGCGAUCCAGAACGGCACACUCAUGUACAAGAGCAUGAAUUUGAUGGAAUACGAGCGAGUUCUUCCCUCCCUAGCGGAUGGCACCCCGCAAUUGGUCUGGUUCGUAACACCUAAGGAAGAGCGCAUGAAGAACUCGCGACCAUUCGUUAUCACUCACAAGUAUUUCGAUAACAAGAUGCAUCAUCCCCUUGUUCCUUAUGAGGGUGGAGCCGGUAUUGAGUACAAGGAGUUUUUCAUCUGUGAGAGUUGUGGUAAUCAGCUUUACAUCACUACUUCGGCCUGGAAGGAUGGCUACAUUAAGAGAAUGGCGACCGACAAGUGGGAUAGGUACGACUGGGUUGAGUUGCAUGCCGAGCCUGACUUCUAG